AAAUAAUAAGAUCGCGUUGGAAAAGUGCUGUUAUCUAGGAUAGUGGCAGAUAGUGUUAGAUAGUGAAGUAGUAGACAGAGAGACAUGCAUCAUGUGCAUUUGGGUGUGCGUUUGUAGUACGAGUGUUGUCUUAAUUAACGCAAUAGGAGCUUCGCUCCAGAGGGCUUCGAAGUCAGUUGACAUCUUGAACUUGAGCGCAUCGGACAAUACGAUCCCUCCUCGCCCGUCGGUCCCCCCUGAAGAGAAGAAGCAUAAUACCUUCCUUCCAUUCCAUACCACCACAUUCGUCGACCAUUCCGAACGCAUAUCAUUCGCUUUCGAAAGUAUGCGUCAGUGUUGUUCCGAGGUCGAAACCGACUCAUACCACCUGGUUCUACCUGUCCGACUCGCACUCAAAAACCAACGGCGCGUAUCUUUCCAACCUCUUUGUUAAUAUUUGUUCAGUGAAGCUACCGGUCUACUGCUGCUGCUGCUGCUGGUGUAUCCUUCCAUGUGAACUCACCAUCACCGAGGACCUCUUCAUCGCCAUGUACAGCAACAACCCAGGAAUCUACUCAAUCGGCGGAGACAUGUGCUACGAAAAUAAAAUGAUGGCCACGACUACACCACCAAUUCGAAGGCCCAGCGACUCGGUGUGUCUUAACGUGGCCGAGCACGAUCGAAACAAAGCACCUGAGAACUUGAAGCGAAAGAAGAUCCACAUACGACCGGCUUAUUUCGUUAACGGAAUCAUCAUCAUCAUCGUGUCUCUGAUCGUGGGAUUGACGGAGUUCGGUUUCCUACCGCAAACGAAGAGAGGAUUUUACUGCAAGGAUCCAUCGCUGUCGUUCCCAUACCAAGGGGACACCAUCUCCAACACCCUUCUGUUGUCAGUGAGUUUCGCCGGAUCGUGCAUUCUUCUCGCCUUGGUGGAAUAUCUGCGUCUCGGCUCGAAGACCAAGCUGGUGCUGGAGGUGUCCUGGAGAUGGUACAGAGACAUGCUGGUAGGAAUGGUGCUCACGCUGCUCGUGAUCGAGGUGUGCAAGGUGAUAGCCGGUGAGAUGAGACCACACUUCUUGGAUACAUGCGUUCCGGACGUCGCCGCCUCAUGCACACCGGGCACCUUCAUCACCGACUACGUCUGCACCAGCACCGUCUACUCGCGCACCCUCAUCGUCGACUCCUCGAGAUCUUUUCCCUCGGGGCAUUCCGCCCUCGGCAUGUUCGUCUCAGUCUUCCUGGCGGCGUACAUCCAAGUCCGGCUUCCGACCCACACGAUCGGAUCCUUAUCGAAGCCAUUCCUUAUCGCCGUCGUCUUCAUCUGGGGUCCUUUGUGCGCAUUGACGAGGAUAACGGACCGAAGACAUCACUGGUGGGACGUCCUCUUCGGCACGAUCUUCGGCGUCGUCGGUGCUUUGUAUUCGGUGGUGGUUCUGUGCUCGAGCUUCAAGAAUAUAGGAAAGACCAACAUGAAGUCGACGAGACCGUCGCAGUCGACGACGACGUUGCUCGAUAUUAAGAACAAAGAUGCGACCAGUGUGAUAAUUUAGUUAUUUAUUUACUAUUUAUGGUGUCGAUUCUCUUGACACAACCUGUACCAUAUGUUAUUUAAUUAUUACUAUAUUAGUCUGUUUGUUUGUUUGUUUUCUCUUUGUACACUGUAAGUAUAACACGAACGAUGCAUUUAUUUGUAUUUUA